GUCUUACUAAGCCUAUAUAGACGACGAGGGUGAUAUGUCCGAUCCCCUCUGACGUGCGAGAGUGAAGCUUUACCUACCUACCUGCGCAGGCCGUUCCUUUGUGCGCCAACAACGAAGUCCUCGCUGCAACACUCCUCAAGCGACCAGUAUGGCUCGCAACGACGCUCGCUUCAGCACCUACUCUGGUGCACCAUCACUCCAGCCAUCUCUUGCGCCUACGGACACCAACUCCAACAGAUCCUCCAGCGCCACGCAGCAGUACAAUUCACGCCUCAGCGAACAAACAUUCCUCAUGCCGCAGGCCAUUCCAGAGAAAGGCCGUUUAAUCUACGGUACUGCCGAUCCAAACGCCGCGUCCAGCUCUCUGACGCUCUCCUCUACCGACCCUAACACAGCCGAGAUCAAGUCCUUUGCCAACGUCCUCGAUAAGAUGAACGAUACGCGUCUUGACAAGCAACGAUUCGUCAUGAGCAGCAACAAGACCGAAGAAGUCGGCAAGAUCGCGCUCGGGGCAAAGGUGGAGAGGGCGCUUUCGAGGAGGAUGUCAGGGCAGGACGCCAUCUUCAGGCCCAAGAAGCCAAUUGAUGAGAAACGAGGCAUUGCUGAAGUCGAGGCCAACUAGCGCAACAUUUCUUUUUCCAAACAGGACAGGCCGGCAUGCGAGUCGGCACUGGAAUCAACAUUACGACGCUUCUCAUGCCUUGCAGCAGUGGGCUUUGAGCGAAAAGCUUAAUGCUGUGGCGUUUGGCGCC